CAUUUUACGACACUUCGUUCUCAGUCGGUAGUUAGGCUUGCUGCGUUUUCUUGUUCUUUUUUAACGGUAACACGUUCUGAUGUGAGAGAGGAAUACCAGACAGUGGAUAGUGCAGCAGCACAACAACGGUCGUGUGAGAUAUUUUUCCCCCCCAGUUUGAAUCAAAUCUAACCGAAAGCUUCAAUUUGCUACCUGCAAAAGCAGACAAAAAUAUUGUGUAUAGAAUAGAACAGCAGACUUGGUUGGUUUGCAGCCUCUUGUUUUACCCGCAACCCUUCUGUUGGGAUACAAAACACAUAAUAGAAAAUGGCGGAACUUGAGGACGCAGGACUGCCCCAAACAAUGCAGGAGACCCGAGAUGAAGAGGAGCCGGGCAAUUCAAAGGCAGAGGAGAUGGACACCCCAGAAGACCUGCAAGAUGACAACCUGAUCGAGGGGGAACCCUUCCACAGUUCUAAUAAUGAGCAGCAAGAUGGAUAUUUGGCAGUUAGGAGGAAUGUAAUAUUAGAACGAACAAAAUUCAACCAAAGACAACAAGAAGCUGGAGAGACUGCUGAUGAUUUUAUCACUGCACUUCAUUGUUUGUCAGAACAUUGUGGUUAUGGAGCUCUACUCAGUGAGAUGAUAAGAGACAGACUAGUCAUGGGUUUACGUGACAGAAGACUGUCUGAGCAAUUACAAAUGGACCCAGAAAUAACACUGGAUGAAGCUGUCACAUGCAUUCGUCAAACUGAACUUUUGGAAAAGCAACAGGACCUGCCAGAGAAUAACUUCAAAGCUGACAGCAGUGUGGCAAAUGUAGACCGUGUGCGUUCACAUAGCAAACAUCAAUGCCCAGCCAAUGUCCAGUGUCAAUCGGAGAAGAAUCAAAACUCAGAAAGACCGCAACAACCCCAAACAACGCAGGAGAAUGGAGAGGAGCCCCAAGAUACAGGUGGCACUGAUGAGUGGAUUGAGGGUUUCAGUCCUGGAGGAGAAAAGCCUCACUACUGCUCCGACUGCAGUAAGAGCUUUAGAAAAGUGAGGGAUCUUAUAAGACACCAGCGAACACAUACAGGAGAGAAGCCUCACCACUGCCCUGAUUGUGAACAAAGUUUUGCUCGAUUAGAUCGUCUUAAGUCACACCAACUAACACAUACAGGAGUGAAGGCUCACCAAUGCCCUGAUUGUGACAAAAGUUAUUCUCAAUCGUAUCAUUUGAAAAGACACCACCAGCGGAAGCAUAUGAAAGGGAAAUUCUUCCACUGCAAUAUUUGUGAUGAACUUUUCUCCAAACCAGAAGAUCACUGCUCCGAAAUAAACCAGUGCUCCGACUGUGGGAAGAGCUUUCGACAAGUGGGGGAUCUUAAAAGACACCAACGAACGCAUACUGGAGAGAAGCCUUACCACUGCCCUGAUUGCGACAGAGGUUUCGGUCGAUUAGAUCGCCUUAAGUCACACCAGCUAACACAUACAGGAGUGAAGGCUCACCAAUGCCCUGACUGUGACAAAAGUUAUUCUCAAUCGUAUCAUUUGAAAAGACACCACCAGCGGAAGCAUAUGAAAGGGAAAUUCUUCCACUGCAAUAUUUGUGAUGAACUUUUCUCCAAACCAGAAGAUCUAAAAACACACAUGUAUGUACAUGCUGGAGAAAAUGCAAACCUUCCACAAGACACUCAUGCAGGAAAGAAACCUUACCACUGUUCAAGGUGUGAUAAAAGAUUUCCUGACAUGGCAAAACUAAGAUCACACCUUCCAGUACAUACUGGAGACCUUGCACUCCACUGUUCUGACUGUGGAAAGUGUUUCUUAAACAAGGCAAAGUUUGAAAGACAUCAAAGAACACACACUGGAAGUGUACUAUACCUUUGCACUGACUGUGGGGAGGGUUUUACAAAUAUGCAACAGUUGGAAAGGCACCAGCGAAUGCACACUGGAGAGAAACCAUACCACUGCACUGAUUGUGGGAAGAGUUUUGCUCUUGAAAAGACAUUUAAGUGUCACAAGCAAGCACACAAGUUCAAGCUCUCUGGAGAAAGAGCAGCCUAUCCUUGCUCAGAGUGUGGAAAUACUUUUUCUCGUUCAUGUGACGUGAUGACUCAUGUGAGAAGGGUGCAUAAUAAAGAGAGACCUUUCCAGUGCUCCUGCUGUGGAAAAAGAUUUUUCCAAAAGAACUCUCUUACAAUACACAUGAGAAGUCACACUGGAGAGAAACCGUACCACUGCUCAGACUGUGGACAAAGCUUCUCCCAAAUUAAUGACAGAAAACGGCACCAGAAGAGGCAACACUCUGGAGAGGAGCCGACCUCUAUUCUGCAGUCUGAAAAGAAAUGUCACAGAGACACUCAAUAAGAAAGGACUACUACAACAAAGACACAAAAAUGCAAUAUAGUAACAGUAUCACGGUUAUUGCUUUAUUUAUUUUAUACUUUGUCAAACACUUUUUUUUUAAAUUAACAGUAAACUUUAUUUUAUAAAUCACUUAAAAAAAAAUAUCUUAUCACUCUCCUAGUUUACACCCUGCAUAAAUAGUAUUUAUCAAUCCUCCCCUGUGCCUAAAGCAUUCCAUAAGGCCAAACAACCAAAUGGGUAAUUAUUUGCCCAGUUGAACUACCCAAAAUACUAUUACAAAGAUUACAACUGUGGUAAAUAUGGGUUGUUAGAACUAGGGUGAAUAUCAGCAAUGUGAUCAUCAGAGUAUAAAUCAUUUACAAGCCAAGAUGUAUGGAAUAAUUUGUGAAAUCCAAUUUAAAAACUAAAAACAACAAUUUGUCAGUAUUCAAACUGGAGAACAGUUAUUAGAUGUCCAUGUUAUGCAGGUUGGCAUGUACUCUCUUAUUUCUUACCUCUGAAAGAGCGGUCAGAUGAUAACGGUAGCUACCGACAGUUUUUUAUUUUUUAUUUGAAGUGUCUUGAAUCGUAAAAGCCUUUUCCACAUCUCUUGCAUGAGUAUGGUCUGACUCCUGUUUGCACUAGCAUGUUGGCUGCGACAUGAAUGGCUUGGCUGAAUCUUCUCCCACUGACAUCACAGCUUGAAAGGCUUCUCUCAUGGACUCGCAUUUUAGGAUCACUGAUGAGUUGAAAGUCUCCCACAACCACUCCGCUUGUGUGGUUUUCUCACCUGUAUUGAACAGCUCAUGUAUUUUAAGAGAUUAAUUUGUAACAAGUCUCUUUCCACAGCAGUCGUAAGCAUUGGGCUUCACUCAAGUGUGUAAUUUCUGGUGAUAUUCAAAAGUAGCUUUAUGGAGAGGUUUUUCCGCAUUUGAAACAAAUGUAUGUUUUCUCCUGUGUGAAUUCUUCCAUGUGUUUUCAGAGAACUGAUGGAGCUGAAGCCCUUCGAACAUAUCUCACAGCUGAAGGGUUUUGGUUGUCUCAUUCCUUGUGUGUUAACCAUUACCUGUGUGUGAGAGCUUGUGUACUCUCAGUUGAUAAUUGUAAUAAAUUCUUUACACAUA